AUGAUGAGGGAUAUGGAAACGAGUAACGAGCUUUUUCUUGACUUAGUGAAAAAAGGGUCAACUAACAUUCUUAAGUCACUUCAUGGUUUUGUAAUUGGUCUUACACACAUCAAACUUCGUUGUUCUGGGUUUCUAACUGCUUCCUACAAAAAUCUGACCUACUGUGUUCCGGUUAAUUUUCAUGGUCCCCAUCAUUUUAAGUUAACAACAAUUAGUUCAUAG